GGGCACGGCUGUGCCGUGUGCCGCGGGAUCCGUGAGCGCACUUCAUUCAUUUAACGCUGCUUAAGGACCGCACGGGCUGCUUGUUGCGGAAUGGAGGCGCUGGCCUCUGGCAAAUCUGACGGCUCUGUUUUGGACCGUAGAAAAUCUCGGAGGAGAUGGCGGCGUUCAUGCAGCGUCUGCGGCAGAAGAUGAAGGUGGGGGUGGUGGGCGGCUCGGACCUGGCCAAGAUCCGCGAGCAGCUGGGCGAGGACGUGAUUGAGAAAUAUGACUAUGUGUUCUCAGAAAAUGGCCUGGUAGCAUACAAAGAUGGGAAGUUCCUGAGCAAGCAGAGCAUUCAGGGCCACCUGGGCGAGGACAUCCUUCAAGAUGUCAUCAACUACUGCCUGGGCUACCUUGCAAAGAUCAGACUGCCAAAGAAGAGAGGCACUUUCAUUGAGUUCAGAAAUGGGAUGUUAAAUGUGUCCCCCAUUGGAAGAAACUGCAGCCAGGAAGAACGACUUGAGUUCUAUGAAUUUGAUAAAAAGGAGCAUAUAAGAGAGAAAUUUGUAGCUGAUCUACAAAGAGAAUUUGCAGGCAAAGGCCUCACAUUUUCAAUAGGAGGGCAGAUCAGCAUCGAUGUGUUCCCAGAGGGCUGGGAUAAAAGGUACUGCUUAGGAAUUGUUGCCAAGGAUGGAUACAAGACUAUUUAUUUCUUUGGAGACAAGACCAUGCCAGGAGGGAAUGACUAUGAAAUUUUCACAGACUCCAGAACAGAAGGCCACAGUGUCACAUCCCCGGAGGAUACAAGAAGAAUCUGUGAAGAGCUAUUUUUUAAAUAAAAGACUUCAGAAUUCACACUUUGAGGACAGUUAAAACAGCAAAAUAACUUGAAAGAUCAUCUUCAUUCUGGAUUGUUUUUAUGUAAUUGGCCAUGAAUAGCAGGUGCUUUGCAGGUCAGCCAUUACUAAAGGGAAAUGUUUACUUGAAGACCCCUUGCUGCCUGGGGGAACACAGCAGAGCUCAUUCAGCACCAUCCUUUCAAUUUCCAAUCACAUAAAUUGUUUUCUUUUUGCUUGGUUGUGGGGUUGGGUUAUAUUUUGGGUUGGUUUUUAAGAUAUCUGUAAACUUAACUAAUUAAUUACAAUUUAGGGAGGGAAGGGGAGGCAUAAUCUGCCUCUAGUUGAUUCCUGGUCUUAAAAUUGGCCUGCAAGGCUUAAUCCCUAGUUUUUUUUAUGUUGAGGCAGCUUUUUAAAAGAUGCAGUUGAUUUUUUUAAAUAUUUACCUUGUGCUGUAUGAAUUAACAUGAAUUAUAAGACAGUUUCUUGUCUAAAACUGGAAGAUGAAUGAAAGGGAAAGGUUUUAUUUCUUCCUGGGUUUGGGAAGAUGGCACUGGACCAGAAGUCCCUGACUGCCAUCCCUAGGAGUGCUGGAGCAGCUGGUGCCAAAGUUCCCUCCUCAGGAUGGAUGUGGUGCCAAGGCACAACUCAGGUCAUGCUACCUACACUCUGUGCAGACCAAAUCUAAAAAAAUAUUUGUAAAAAUUAAUUAAAAUAACUUCACCUCAUUAUCAAAAUAUAUUUCUGCCACUUUCUGAUCAUUUUCUGAGAUUCCUGGUUAAGGCAUUAAGGGUAGAUUGAGAUUUUUCAUACUACAAAAAUGACCUAAACUAUGUUUCUGUUAAAAUUCAAGUCAAUGUCUGACAUUCUGUGUAACUGUUAAUUACUGUUAAUUACUUCUCUCAGCUAGUAUUAGGAAAGUAAUCUUGAGUAUAAACGGUUUGAUUUAGUAAAGGAGAAUAAAAUCUGAUUUUAUCAUUAAAAUAUCCUGUUUUAUCAUUAUGGAAAAUAAAAUACUUGAAGCAGA